AUGAAGCUCUGCGGUGUUGGGUUGUUGGUUGCCCUGGUGUGCUGUACCAUUGGAGCAACAUUGGCGAUUGAUUUACGCGAGCCUUCUACACGGAUCAGCGAUGGACAGGUGGCAGGUCCCAACCAGUUCCCAUUUAUGGCGGGAAUUCUUAUAUCGGGCACCUCCGAUCGAUCAUUCUGUGCUGGAGCUCUAAUUUCUCGCCGUUUCGUUCUAACGGCAGCGGCGUGUGUAGUUGGCUCCAACACGUUCACGGUACUGCUAGGAGCAACUGAUAUGACCCGCAUUGAGCAGAUCAUCCCAGUGCUUAACAUUCCUUCGCACAUAAUCGUUCAUCCGGGGUAUAGUUCGCUGCUGAACAGGGAUGACAUUGCCCUGCUGCAGCUGUCCCAUGAGGCUAAUCUUACACCGAAUGUUCAGGUGGCUAAUUUGCCCCGUCGAUACCACACGGCCUUCACGUUCAACGAUUGGGCAGCAACCGUAGCUGGCUGGGGUAAUACCGGUAACCGGGACAAUGAGCCUAUCCCACUGCAGCAGCUGCUGUUCGCUUCCGGAUCGGUAGUGUCCAAUUUCGUUUGCGGCAUUUCACACAGCUUCAUCCGUGAUGGCAAUAUCUGCAGCUCCACUGACAAUGGAGGACCGUGCAAUGGUGAUGAAGGUGGUCCGGUCUGGGUUACUGAGGGUGGUGAAACGAUCAUCAUUGGAGUUCAUUCGUUCCACUAUGAUGGACUGUUCGGAUGCGAUCGAGGCCGAUCGUCGGUACAUACCCGCGUUACGGAAUAUCUUGACUGGAUACAGGACAACACCGAUGUAGUGAUUAGACCAUAA